GGCAGUGGACCUGCUGACACCUCAGAGCGAGCCCUGAUAAAAAGGGCUUCCUUCUCCACGCUCAGAAGCAACCAGCAGAGGCUACUCAGGAGCUCAGAAGCUGCUGGCAUUGCAGGCACUUCGGACCAAAAUACCAACAAGAACCAUGAGUGAUAACACAGGUACAGGUCUGAAGGUCACUGGGAUUGACUUUCUCAAGAGCAGGAACUCCGUUCUGCACCACACGGAUGCGUACGACAUUGAGAACCUGGUGGUGCGACGCGGGCAGGCCUUUCAGAUGCAGCUCACCUUGAGCAGGGAUCUGAAACCUACCGACAAGCUGUCAAUGCGUUUUGGCAUUGGUGAAAAGCCAAUGAAAACCAGGGGAACACUGAUGUCACUGAACCCAAAGAAGGAGCAAGACCCCAAUGGGUGGCAUAUCUCCGUCUUCAAGAUGAAUGGCAAACAGUGCGUGCUGUCUGUCACCAGCUCCCCCAGGGCCCCAGUGGGAAAAUACACCCUGAACGUGAAGACUGGGACUAACAUUUACCAGCCCCAAAACAAUGCUAUCUACCUUUUGUUCAAUCCUUGGUGCAAAGAUGAUGUUGUGUUCCUGGCCGAUGAGGCGCAGAGAAAGGAGUAUGUGCUCAAUGAUACAGGCUACAUCUAUGCUGGGUCUGCGUUCAGCAUAUAUGGUAAACCCUGGAAUUUCGGACAGUUUGAAGACUCCAUCUUGGAAGCCUGCAUGUAUCUGCUGGACAAAAGUAACCUCAAGCUGAAUGAAAGAAGAGAUCCUGUGCCUGUGACUAGAGCCAUGUCUGCUUUGGUUAAUGCCAAUGAUGACAGUGGCGUCCUGCUGGGGAAUUGGUCAGGGAACUACAGCAAAGGGACCCCUCCUACAGAUUGGCUUGGGAGCGUCUUAAUUUUGCAGAAGUAUUACAAAACGAAAAAGCCUGUCCUUUAUGGUCAAUGUUGGGUCUUUGCAGGAGUCCUCACCACAGUCAUGCGCUGCUUGGGGAUCCCAUCCCGCUGCGUGACUAACUUCAACUCAGCACACGACACGAAUGACAACCUGAGAGUUGACAUUUACCUGAAUGCAUCUGGAGAACCUCUGACCUCGAUGUCCUUUGACUCUGUCUGGAACUUCCAUGUGUGGAAUGAUGUCUGGAUGAAGCGGACAGACCUACCAAAUGGUUUUGAUGGCUGGCAGGCAAUCGAUUCAACCCCUCAAGAGCAAAGUCAAGGUAUUUUCCGGUGUGGUCCAUGCUCAGUGAAGGCUGUCAAAGAUGGGGUUGUGUAUUUGCCCUUCGACAGCAGGUUUGUGUAUUCAGAAGUGAAUGCUGAUGAAGUCUACUGGGUCGUCAAGGAGGUGAAUGGCAAGAAAAAGUACACGAAGGUUAGCACAGAUACCAGAAGCAUCGGUGUGAACAUAAGCACAAAAGCCGUGGGGGAGAACAAGCGAGAAGACAUCACUGCGGAGUACAAGUUCCCUGAAGGUUCCAAACAGGAAAGGUUGUCCAUGGAGAAAGCUACCUCCUUCAUAAACCCUUCAGGACUGGUACCUCGUGCACGCUCCACUUCAGCUGGGCCCAUGGCUGAUGCAGGCUCCAAACCUGUGGUCCAGCAAGAGGCGAUCUCCAAGUCUGGGCUUCGACUUGAGAUAAGCAAUAAAGCAGCUUUGUAUCCUGGCAGUCCACUUGAACUGGCCAUCACAAUGAAGGCCUCUGCUCCUGGGAGCUGGACCAUCAAUCUUCUCGGCUCCUGCCAGCUGCAGUCCUAUACUGGGAAAAUUGAGGCCAACCUUGGUUGUAUCAAGGAGACUGUCAAGCUUGAAGGCAAAGCAGAGAGGGAGAUCCCUAUGAAAAUUGAGCCCGAUGUGUACAUGAAGACGCUGGCCUCAGUGGAAGAUGAACUGCUCGUCCAAGUCAUUGCCAUUGCUGAGGUCCAGGAGACAGAUGACAAGUUCACCAAGGAGGUGGCAAUCGGAUUUGAGUACCCGCCCAUCACAGUUGAGAUGCCAGAAACAGCCAAACUGAACCAGGACUUCACAUGUGCCUUCAUCUUCAAGAACAAACUGAAUGCCACUUUGGACAACUGCAAGCUGCUCGUGGAGGGCUUGGGCUUAUUUAAGAUAGCAACGUUUGAUGAGGGGGAUGUAGAGCCUGGUAGGAUCAUUAAGUCUGAAAUAAUAUGCAAACCGACAAGACUAGGCGAGAAGAAAAUAAUAGCCAAGCUGAUCUCAAACGUGAUCAAAACAAUCUCUGUGGAGAAGUCCAUCACCAUCGUCGAGUAGGGUCAGCAGGACGAAAAUAGUGGCCUUGCUAAACAUCUAGCACUCCUGUGUGUAUUGAGCACUUCUUGCAUCCUUGAUUGCUGGAUAGUAAUCUUGAAGUAAAGAACAAAAAUCUCAUUAAGCUAAGGGAAUGAAACUGACUUAAAUGGCACGGUUGUGUUGAUUGCAGUUAACUAUGAUUCAAU